GCUUGGAGAGUCCGCGAGUUAGAGGAUUUAUACAUAAUGUUCACGGACUUUGCUAACACUCAAACAGAAAUGGUGUCAACAACUACAAGAAGAAGAGCUUUGCGCGUAUAUUUGUAAGGACUACAUAAUAAAGAGGUGGCUGUAACAAAGGUUUGGUCAAGCUGUUAAUUAUUGCUGAUCAGGCAGCCUUCAACUUUUCAUUGCAACAUUUAGUUUACAGCAAUUAGUGACACUUUAAUUUCUUCUCCAGUAUUCUAAGGUUUGAUCUAAACCGAACCCACCCAGUCUCGGAAUGGACGCAAUCCUUGAACGGAAUAAAUUAUGAAAUCUCGGGUAGUUUUUAUCUCCAUGUUGCUGCUGUUGUGUUUUCAAUGUAUUUAUGGCUUAGGCUCCGGAGAGUCGGGUACCGCGGUAGUUCCGUCUCCAGACCGAUCCUCUGACGGUGCUGACCUGCGCUCGUCCGUGAGUACUAUGGUGGGCACGCACAUCGCGAUGUUCCAUCAGGAAAACACAGACAAGUGUGCCAUAGUGAUGAACCUGAGUGCUGUUGAUCGCUGUGCGUUUGUGAAGACCACCCCAGACUGCAGUAUGGAAGACAGCUUCAUCAACUACCUCAAGAUGACCUUCUGUCUACUACCACCCGACCUCACACCCCUCACCAUCACACUCUGUAUUAUUUGGUUGUUGUUCUUGUUCAUAGUUCUGGGACUGACUGCAUCAAAGUUCUUCUGUCCCAACCUCUCAGCCAUCUCCUCCACCCUUCGACUCACACACAACGUGGCUGGUGUGACGUUCCUGGCGCUAGGUAACGGAGCCCCAGAUGUCUUCAGUGCUACAGUGGCCUUCUCCCGUCCACACACUGCUGGCCUGGCUAUAGGAGCACUGUUUGGAGCGGGUAUCUUCGUAACCACUGUGGUUGCCGGGGCUGUGUCAUUGGUCAAACCCUUCACUGUGGCGUCCCGCCCCUUCCUGCGUGAUGUCAUCUUCUACAUGGCCGCUGUCUUCUGGACCGUCGUCAUCCUCUACAGAGGAACUAUAUCACUGGGAGAGACACUGGGGUACCUGGGGUUAUAUGUGGUGUAUGUGAUAACAGUCAUCGCGAGUGCCUACAUCUACAGUCAUCAGAAACACUCAGCGACCAGAAGUUCCAUCCAGACCUCAACACAUGUACCAGAGUUCCAGUCGUCUGAGUCCGAUGAUGAGGCAAUUCUUAUAUCUAAUAGCAGCAUCCAGGAAGACUAUGGUAACAACCACAAUCACUGUGUACAUCCUACUAAGCUUUUCCGCUGGGGUGUGCUACGAGAAUCAAUCCAGUCAAGUGUUUGUGUUUGUGCGUGUAUAGACAGUGAGUACUGUCCCCUGCUGCCCUACUGUGAAUCAACCAGUUCCAUCCUGUUGAGUUCUCUCAACCCGGUGGACAGCAGGAUCUGGAGGAGGAAGUCCUGGCGCUGGAGGGCCAUCAAAAUACUAAAGAUGCCACUAGAGGUGCUGCUGCUGCUGACUGUUCCAGUGGUGGAUCCUGAUAAAGAAGACAGGAACUGGAGAAGACCAUUAAACUGCCUCCACCUCACCACCGCACCACUGGUGUGUGUGCUCACCUUCCGUUCUGGAGAGUACGGGAUGUAUCGGAUCGAGGAUCAGUUUCCUGUCUGGGCGUUGACGUUGCUCUUUGGCCUCUUCCUCUCCGCCAUAGUCUUCCUCACCACCACCAACAACCACCCCCCGCCAUACCACUCACUGUUCUCUCUGCUGGGCUUUGUGGUGAGUGCGAUAUGGAUCAGUGCUGCGGCCUUGGAGGUGGUCAGUAUCCUGCACAUGCUCGGUGUGGUCUUUAGUCUGUCCAACAAUUUACUGGGUCUCACACUGCUGGCCUGGGGAAACAGCAUAGGGGAUAGUUUUUCUGACGUCACCAUCGCUCGCCAGGGCUACCCUCAGAUGGCAAUAUCAGCCUGCUUUGGGGGAAUCAUCUUUAACAUGCUUAUUGGAGUGGGCAUUGGCUGUCUGAUGCAGAUGUUUAACAACGAGCCAGUGGUGACAUUUGAACCAGCGGGUUUGUUGACCUGGGUUCUAGCAGGUUCUCUGGGUCUCUCUCUGGCCCUCUCCUUCAUCCAAGUUCCUCUGCGCUGUUUCCACAUGGGCCGGUCCUAUGGAAUCUUCCUCCUGCUCUUCUACGCGGUCUUCCUCUUGGUUGCGCUGCUCACUGAGUUUGGCUUUAUCCACACCUGAAGCCAGUAAGGAAUGGUUUGGACCAGUCUGGUGGAGCCGCCUGCGAGUACUGAGUGACUUAAAGCCAAUAACACUGGGCCUUAAUUGAGUUGGAGCAAAUCACCCUGUGGCGUUACUUUAGUCUGUUUGCACUGACUGUAUUUUUAUAUUUAGAUCGCUAUUAGCUGUUACAUGAGCAACAGCUACUCUUCCUCGGGUCCACACAAAACAAUUAUACACACACAUACAGAAAUGACUGUAGGGACAAUUGUUUUUACAGGCAGCAUAGUGUGAAUCAUAUGUGAAAGCAGUAUAACACUGUUUUAAAAGUAACCCAUAUACCAACAAGGAGAAAAAAUACAAGACAAAAGCUGCAGUAGCACUAGGGAAUUCUCUCAUUUAAAUCAAUGUGAAUGCAGUGUCUCCUAUCUUAGCGAGACACACUGCUGUUUGUAAUGGUUGAUGUGAGUAAAUUGUAAAAUGUGCUCUAUGCAUUUAUGGCAUAGAAAUACCUAUAUAGUUCCAACUUCUGAAACAUGAAACAGCAGGGCGCAGCUGUUAAAAUGAUUUGAAGAUGGCCCUAAACAAGCUACUUUACGUAGUAGCUUCAAAAAAAUGUUUUAUUAAGAAAGUUUUCUUUACUAUGACAGAUGUAUGAUAGAUAUAGAGGUAGUACAUUACUGCCCCUGAUAGAUAUUUGCACCUUUGGUAAAGGAUGCUCUUAUGAGAACUUUGUCUGGGCUGUGUGUAUAUGUGUUAAAGGAACUGAGAUCCAGGUAAAUCACAAAUCCCUAGUGAACUCAGUAAAAAAACCCAUCUUAAUUGAAAAGAACAUCCUAAGCAGGGUUCAGUCUGGUUUUAGAUCAGAGCACAGCACCACAACUGCAGCUAUGGCAAAGGACAUAAAUGCACUUAAACAGAGCAGCACAUUGUUGCUUUUUAUCGUUGAUUUAUCAAAGGCAUUUGAUUCAGUUGACCAUGAAUUGUUGCUGGCUAGACUCAGUAACAGGUCUCAGUGAAGGGGCAGUAAACAGUUCCUAAACCAAUAUGUAUAUGCUGACAAUCACAAGUCUAGCUUUCUUGAGAUUAAUAGAGGUGUGCCCCAGGGUUCCAUUUGAGCUCCUGUGUUGUUCUCAAUAUUCAUGUACUCACUCCUCUGGUUCAGGCUGUUGAAGAGCUCAAGUCUGCUUUUCAGUCACUGCAGGUCUCCCUUUAUGGUCUCAAACUGGUAUUGAAUGUACAAAAACUAAAUUCAUGACCUUUACCAGAGCUAGCACUCAGCCAGAGAAGGUUAGCAUUGUCACAUCUGGCAGCUUAUCCAUUAAAGUGUCAUCCUACAAAUACCUAGGUACAUGGUUGGAUGACAAGUCCUUUAAAGUUCAUAUGGAUAAUCUUGUGAGGAAGCUUAAAUUGAAAUUGGGGUCAUAUUUUUGUAAUAAGGCUUGCUUCCCGCUUAUGGCCAGAAAGAAGAUUGUUUAGGCCACUUUUUUCUGUAAUUGAUUAUGGUGACUUGUAUAUGCAUGCAGCCUCCUGUCAUACAUCCUUACGCUUUAUUACAAAUGCCAAGUCACUCACCCACCAUUGCACCAAGUAGUGGGUUGGACCUCACUUUAUAUGCGCAGAAAGCUACAUUUGUAUGUGUUAAUCUACAAUGCCUUUUAACUCUGUAGUCUAGUCUCUUUCACCACCAGCAGUUACCAUACCGGGUCUGCUAGGUGAUUGCUACUUACAGGGGCAUGGAAUAGUCUGCAACCAAUGCUUCAUCUAGAUAUGUUAGUGCCACUGACUGAAUAAAACAGAUAAAUAAGGGAGACUGUUACAGAGGAGUGUAGAUGCUUUUUUUUUCAUGUUGAAUUGUAUUCAAUUGAUAUGUUUUAAUUCUAAUAUAUUGAUUGUUUGUAGCUACCUUGUCCAGGUCUCCCUUGAAAAAGAGACUCUGGGUCUCAAUGGGAUUUUCCUGGUUCAAUAAAGGUUAAAGGAAAUAAAUAAAGGCUCUUAUGUGUAGACUCA